UCAACCUAGAGGUUGUAAGUUGCAGUUUCCCAAGAGCAAGUUGGGAAAUUGUUGGAGCGAGGAUGCCGUUAUCAGCCCGAAUGGCUACUUUGUUCUUUUUCUCAAUUCGAAUCAAUCCGCUCGACACACUCUCUUCCCCAAAACCCUAAACCCCUUCACAGAACUAUCUAAGCCCUUCUCCUCCUCCUCCCCCGGGGCCACCACCAAUGGCUUUGCCCGAUGUCUCUGUGGAACCAGCCAUGCGCGUGUUCAACAAUCACGUCCGCACACUUGGAGAGAAACUCAAGCGCAUAGGUGAAAUAGAAGAGUCACUUUCAAAAGGAAAAGACCUAAAUAAGAUAGCAAAAAAAGCUCUCUCCUCAAAGUCCGCCGUCGUAGGCGCCAUCGACGAGCUCGGGAAUAUUCGGGAAUCUCUUACUUACGCUGCCUACGAUGAGCUCAAACUCACACUAUUAGCAAAAAGUUGUAAUAGUGAGAGGGACCGCCUAACAUUGGUUCAAGACUUACUUAAUUUGUUGUAUUUAGGUCAUUUGUUCGAUGAGAAGUCACUGCAGAGUGACAUUACCGAGAAGACAAGGCAGAGGAGAACGCGGGAGAGAAAUUAUUUUCUUAGCUGCGAAUCCACAGAUCCGGUUGGAGUGACGGAUUUGUAUUCAAUUUCAUUGCUCUGUGGCCAUCUUAUUUGCCCACCUGCUGCUCACUCUCUUCUGUCGCACAAGGGUGCCCUUGAAAAAUGCCAUGCAAAGCUUUGGCUUGCUAAGUCCGACGAGCCCAUUAUGCAUGAUUCAAAUGCUACAUAUGCUGGGUUGAGAUCAAAACUAAACAGUAUAAUGUCUUCACAAUAUUUUACUGCGGACCAUGAAGAUGAGGCAGAUGCUCCUGUAGAGAAGGUAAAUGCUUACACAACUUUUCUCUGUUGUUUUUGUGUGAAUGCUAAGGUUAACACAUUAUUUGUGAUUAACCCUUGUUUGCAAUUAAUGUAUAGUCAAU